UGUAGUACAAAUCUCAGUGUGCGCGUGUGUUAAGACGAAGUACGACUCCUCUCACGCAGGAAUUCCGCACUCCCGGAGGAAGAGGCGCAGAUCGCCAUCAGCAUGAGGAGGCGGCACUGUGUCACGUUACUGGUACUGGCCCACGUCACGACGCUCGUAUCGGCCAAGGUGAGCUUCGAGAAGCUGACCAAUCUGGACUUCGCGGGCAGCGCCUACUACACGAUCCGCAACCUGUCGCUCUACGAGUGCCAAGGCUGGUGCCGCGACGAAAAGGAGUGCGUCGCCGCCGCCUUCAGUUUCGUGCUCAACCCGCUGGCGCCUCAGCAGGAGACCACCUGCCUGCUGCAGAACAGCACGCAGGCGCGCAAGCCCACCGCCAGGCCACAGCGGGCCGUCAACCUCUACUACCUCGUCAAGAACCACAUACGCUCCGAGAAAAUCUGCGACCGGCUAUGGUCGUUCGAGCGGUUCCCGAACAAGAUGGUGCGCGGCCACGACACGGCGGUGCUCUUCACGGCAAGCAAGGACUCGUGCCUGGCGGCCUGCCUCAACGAGGACCGCUUCGUGUGCCGCUCGGCCGAGUUCAACUACGUCACCCUGCAGUGCCACCUGAGCGACGUGGACCGGCGGUACGCGGGCGUCCAGGAGAAGUACGGGGACGCCAUCGGCGUCGACUACUUCGAGAACGCCUGCCUCGAAGCGAGUGCCGUCUGUUCGGGGAUGAGGACGUACGACUUCGCUCAAGUAGGAGUGUCACAAGACGUGGUGACGCACUACGUGGAUCUCAACUUCUAUCCGGAUAAGGAACUACUGGUGAACAGCAAGUCGGAGUGCCUGCGCGCCUGCACGGUGGACAACGACUUCGUGUGCCGCUCGGUGCUGUACAAGCCGAGCCAGGACGGCGCCAUGCAGGGCUCGUGCUCCGUUUUCCACGUCGACCACCUCAUGCUGCCCGACGGGCCGGCCACGUUCGCGGGCUCCAGCCCUCCGCUGCCGCUGCUGGACACUGGCGAGACCAAGGGCAUCUACCUGGAGUCACGCUGCACCAACAGCACGAGGCAGUACACGGCCAAGCCAGGCACGCUCAAGAGUCCGCCAAGCGAAACGAGGACGUCAACCAAGUCGCCCGUCUUCGCCGACUCGCCUGACCCUUCGUGCGACGCGUACGGGGUGUGCUACGACGUGUCCAUUCAGUGCACGGACGCCAAGAUAGUGGUGUACGUGAAGACGAGCCGACCGUUCCACGGUCGCAUCUACGCCAUGGGACGCAGCGAGACCUGCAACACGAGCGUCCGGAACAGCCAGGCGUUUCGGCUCGACCUCUCUCUCACGGGACAAGAUUGCAACACACAGUCAAUGGGUGGCGUGUACACGAACACGGUCGUACUGCAGCACCACAAUGUGGUCCUCACCAAAGCGGACAAAGUGUACAAUGUGCGUUGCACCUACGAGACGUCGUCCAAGAACAUCUCGUUCGGCAUGAUGCCCGUGAGAGACCCCGACACCACCCAGAUAACGGCCUCGCCGGAGGCGCCGCUCCCCAAGAUCGUCAUCUUCGGCGUCGACGGAAGGGAGGCGUCCACAGUCAGGAUCGGCGAUCGGCUCACCUUCAGGAUCGAAAUACCUGAGAGCACUCCCUAUGGCAUCUUCGCACGCAGCUGCAUCGCCAUGGCUAAGGAUGCGAGGAGCACGUUUGAAAUCAUUGACGAAAGAGGCUGUCCUGUGGAUCCUUCCAUAUUCCCCGGCUUUAUGCAAAUUGACAGCAGCCUUCAGAGUUCCUACGAGGCAUUUAGGUUCACAGAAUCCUACGGUGUCAUCUUCCAGUGCAACGUCAAGUACUGCGUCGGUAGGUGUGAACCGGUUGUCUGCACGCAUGGCCGGGAGAACAUUGAGUCGUGGGGACGUCGCAAGCGGUCUACCCGUAUUUCCAAGCGGAACACGGAGGAAAUGACGCUCAGCCAAGAGAUCCUGGUGCUGGACAUCGGGGAUGAACCAGCCGCGAGGUCCAUGACAGAGAGGCCCCCCACAGUCAACGAGUCGCUCAGCUACCAGGAGACAGUGGAGCUGAUGGACAAGUGCGCCUCGAAGAAUUCCGUGAUGGCACUUAGCAUAACUGCGUCGACCCUACUGGUGAUUUACAUCUGCACCGUUGCGUACUUUGUCGCACAAAGGAAAGUGAAGUCCAUAACAUGA